AUGUCAAAUCCAAAACAUAUUGGCGAAUUUUUGAAGAGCAAAGCGGCACAGCUCUUGAAUCUGUAUGCUGCCAAAAGAAGAUUGACUUCUACUCAUGAAUCAUUCACAUCAAGCCAAUUAAAUUUGAGGGCUGGAUAUCAAAUAUCGACACCGCCAGUCGGCUUGGAUGUUUCAGGUCUACUGAAAAAAAGGUUGAUGUUUCCUCUUUCGGUUAGGGAUUCGAUUGAUCAUUUCAAAAAAAGGCAUCAAUUAGAUUUGAUUCAAGAUGCCCUACUUUCAACUUUGCCAUUUUAUCCAAAUGCAACACAGACACACUUGGGGGAAGUGGUACGGACAGUUGUAGAUGAAAAGACUGGAUGCUACAUUAAUGAGUUUCACGUCGUGCCUCAGAUGGAGAUCCCAGAAUCAGGGCGUAAGCAUGUCGUCUUUAUUCACGGUUACGGCGCGGGACUAGGCUUCUUUAUUAAAAAUAUCGAAGAAAUCACCAAACGAAAACCAAAUUGGGAUAUUCAUGCUAUAGACUUACCUGGUUAUGGUUGUUCUUCUAGGCCGGACUUUCCGUAUCAGGUGGACUUCUCUAAUUACAAGAAAAUUGAGAAUUGGUUUGCUGAGAAAUUGGAAAGGUGGUUUGAUGUGAGAGGAUUGAACCAGUUAGAUACAGUUGUAAUUGCUCAUUCGAUGGGUGCAUAUAUAUCAUGCGUUGUUAAUAUAAGACGUCCGGAUUUGUUCAACAAGCUGCUUUUGGUUUCACCAGCGGGAAUAUAUCAUUCAGCAAAGGACACAGUUGUUUCGACUGCUCCUGACUGGUUUCAAAAAUUGUGGAACCAAAACAUUUCUCCAUUUUCAUUGGUCAGGCUUGCAGGACCACUUGGUUCAAAACUUGUGAGUGGAUGGAGUAAUAGGAGGUUUUCGAAGGAUAAUUCAUUGUUGGGACCCCAGGAACAAAAAUUGAUGCAUCAAUACACUUACGCAAUAUUUAAUGCAAAGGGCUCUGGGGAGUACAUGCUUAAUUAUUUUUUGGCGCCUGGCGGUGUACCAAGGCAUCCGAUGCUACAAAGAAUCAGAAAACUAAGAUGUGAUACCGUUUGGAUGUAUGGAAGCCACGAUUGGAUGGAUAAAGCAGGCGGAUUCAAAGCUUGUCAAAAGCUAAAAACCCUUCAUCACCUAAACGGGGAGUCUCUCUCUGCUACAUGUCAUGUUAUUGAGCAUUCAGGACAUCACAUUUAUUUGGAUAAUUUUAAAGAAUUUAAUAACUUGGUCAUACAGGAGUUAGAGGCAUUUGAGAAAAGCGCACUCCAACUUUCCAGCCUAAGACAGAAUGCUAUUUCUUAA